GGACGGAUAAUCCGCCCAUGGUCCAUGCCGGAUUAUUGCAUCUUUUCCAAUCAGUUUACACAAAUAAUUUCUUCCGUAAUCAGGACAAGGUAACGGGGCAACCUCUCCUUCAAGCUUCCAGUAAAGGUGAUGUUUAUCCAUUGUCGUCCUCGUCUGUGACUUCUCCUCCUCAAGCAUUUGUUGCUCUACGUCAAUCCGGAGACAUCUGGCAUCGUCGUUUAGGUCAUAAUGGUAGUCGUGUUUUGUCAAGUCUUAGGAACCAUAAUCUUAUUACGCUACUAAAUUCCUUUAGUAAUAAUUGUGUUUCGUGCAAGUUAGGAAAGUCUCAACGUUUGUCCUUUAAUUUAGUUGCUCACCGUAGUUCUUUUCCUUUAGAUAUUUAUUCAUUCUGAUGUUUGGCAAUCGCCUGUUUUAUCAAACUUGGGUUUUCGAUAUUAUGUUAUAUUUGUUGACGAUUUUUCUCGAUUUACAUGGCUUUAUCCUAUGAUGAGAAAAUCAGAAGUUUUUCAGCACUUUUGUGCAUUUCAAAAACUCGCGGAGAACACUUUUAACACUAAAAUUAAAACUUUUCAAAGUGAUGGCGGUGGUGAAUUUGAUAAUAAGGCUAUGCUUCAACACUUUUCUAACUCGGGUAUUUCUUUUCGUAAAUCAUGCCCAGAUACUCCUCAACAAAAUGGGGUGGCUGAACGAAAACAUCGCCACAUAAUUGAAAUGGUGCGUACCAUCCUUACAGAUGCUCAUAUGCCAUCUCAAUUUUGAGUUGAUGCUGCUUUUUACGCUGUUUAUACUAUUAAUAGAUUGCCUACUCCCAUUUUAAAAGGACUUUCUCCAUUUGAAAAUAUUUUUCAUACACCCCCUGACUACAGUUUUCUUCGAAUUUUUGGUUGUGAAUGUUUUCCAAAUAUAUCUUCUCAAGUUUCUCAUAAGCUUCAACCACGUUCUGUCCAAUGUAUUUUCCUAGGUUAUGCUUCUAAUUAUAAAGGAUAUCGUUGCCUAGAUCCUACAUCUGGUCGUGUUUAUGUCAGUCGCCAUGUUGUCUUUCAUGAAUUAGUUUUUCCAUAUCCUAAACUAUCUCGCCCUUCUACUGUCCCUUCAUCCAAUGGCUCUUCUGAGAUUCUUGUAGUUACUGCUCCUUUAUCCCCUUUGCAGCCCGAUACCCAAUCUAAGUCAAGUAUGUCUCCUUCUACGUCGUCUUCUCCACCUCCCUCUAGUGUUUCUUCCCCGUGCCCUACAUCCAGCUCUAUGGAUCACGUGUCCAUCACCGCUUCUCCUACCGAGUGUUGCUCUAAUGUUCUCUCUUCUUCUGCACCUACCUCACUGCCAACUAGCACUGCUUCUCCUACUAAUUCUAUGCCUCCUGCUCACUCAUUGCACACUCGCUCCAAGUCUGGUAUUUCGAAACCAAAACAAAUAUUUUCUUUGAACACUAUUAUUCAAGAAAUUGAACCCUCUUGUUUUUCUCAGGCAGUAAAAAGUCCGAAGUGGCAGCAGGCCAUGGCAGAUAAGUUUAAUGCACUUUUAGCAAAUAAUACUUGGGUACUUGUUCCUUUUCAACCUCACAUGAACUUAGUUGGUUGUAAAUGGGUUUAUCGUAUUAAAUAUAAUUCGGCUGGGUCAGUUGAGCGAUACAAGGCCCGACUUGUAGCACAAGGAUUUCAUCAGCAACCUGGCAUUGAUUAUCAUGAAACAUUUAGUCCUGUUGUUCGUGCUACUACUAUUCGUAUUUUCCUCUCUCUUGCCGUUUCUUUUUCUUGGCCUAUUCGUCAACUUGAUGUUAAAAAUGCUUUUCUGCAUGGUGUUCUUAAUGAGGAAGUCUUUAUAAAACAACCUCCAGGUUUUACUCAUCCUGAUUAUCCUCGUCAUGUUUGUAAGCUAACUAAAGCGCUCUAUGGUUUGAAGCAGGCACCAUGUGCUUGGUUUCAUCGCUUUAGUUCAUUUCUCAUGGAUCAUGAUUUUAUUUGCAGCAAAUCAGAUACGUCCAUGUUCAUUCACCGUCCAUCGUCUGGUAUUCUUAUUUUAUUACUUUAUGUUGAUGACAUUAUUCUUACUGGUAGUGAUUCUUCUCUUCUUGAUCACUUCAUUAGUCGUCUCUCUAGACAAUUUGCCAUGAAAGACUUAGGUGAUCUUCAUUACUUUCUUGGUGUUCAGGCAGUUCGUUCUUCUAAUGGUCUUCAUCUGUCACAACAAAAGUAUAUUUCUGAUUUGCUUCUUAAAUUUCACAUGCAUACAUGCAAACCGGUUCGCACCCCUAUUGCUUCUCGCACUUCUCUUUCUAUUAUGGAUGGUGAGUUACUUUCGGAUCCUAGUGAAUAUAGGAGUAUGGUUGGCGCUCUUCAAUACUUAACUAUGACUCACCCAGAUAUUGCCUAUGCUGUUAACAUUGUUUCACAAUUUAUGCAUGCUCCACGUACUACUCAUCUGCAUUGUGUGAAGCGCAUUUUCAGGUAUUUACAGGGUACCAUCACAUAUGGAUUGUUCUUCCAUGCCUCCUCAUCCACCUCUUUUAUAUUAGCCUAUUCGGAUGCUGAUUGGGCUGGUUGUCUUGAUAGUCGACGCUCUACCACAGGGUUUGCGCUAUUUUUAGGCUCUAAUCUUAUCUCAUGGCGUGCAAAGAAGCAACCAACAGUCUCUAAAUCUUCUACAGAGGCUGAGUACAGAGCUAUCGCCUAUACUGUGGCUGAGACAUCUUGGAUUCGUAAUAUUCUUCAUGACAUCGGGCUCUAUCUUCGUAACCCAGUUCAUGUUCUUUGUGAUAAUGUGAUCUCUACAUAUAUGUCUCGUAACCCUGUGUUUCAUGACCGCUCCAAACACAUUGAUGUUGAUUUUCAUUAGGUUCGUGAAAAAGUUGCUCAAGGGGAUCUUGUUGUUCGAUAUGUGCCAACUCGGUUACAAUUUGCAGAUAUUUUCACAAAGGGUUUACCAUCAUCUCAGUUCAGCUUCUUACGUGACAAUCUGUCCGUCAUGUCUGCCAGUCCAGAUUGAGGGGGCGUAUUAGGACUCUAAGAGUUUAUCUCAUAUUUGUAGUUAUCCCAUAUAUGUGAUGGACUCUUAAUACUUAUCUUUGUUGGUGAUAUACUUAUCCCAAUGUAUGUAUCCAUAUCAUAUAAAAACAAGUAACAGAGGCUCUCUAAUUACUGAGCCAUUCAAUAAAAUCUAUCAGGUGGUACAUGAGAAAAUAAUGGGAUGAUUUCCUAGGUGGUACACUGGUACUAAUAUAAAAGUGAAAUUCUUGGAGUUUGAACUUAUAAAAGUGAAAAUCCAAGACCAAUAACUUACACUACUCAUGCUCCACAAUGUGUUCGAACUCCAGCACAUUGUGCUAGAGCGGAGCAUAUAGGAGUUUCUAAUACCUUGUGUUAGA